AUGACGGACCCCGUACGACUUGCAGAUAUGGAAAACGGCGCAAAGACGAUGGCGGCCUCUGAAGCAAUUGGAAUGCGCCUAGGGUUGGGGGGCAACAAGACGUUGACGAUUGGCGAGAAGGACCUCGUUCUGUUUGAUGGCAAGGGGAAACACACGAUCCCGCUGUAUAAUGUUCUAUGGGCCGAAUUGAGCGGCGAUUCUCUGGUAGUGGAUUACGCGGCACCACGGAAGUCGUCACUGAAGCUGCAAAAGUGGACGUUUGCACUCCCGACCCCAGAAACAGAGACUGGCGGCCCGACACCUCAGUCGUUUGUGUUGGCACUCAUUGCGGCUGCCUAUGGCGGAGCAAAGCCUCGAAAGCGCGCGUACGUGCUCAUCAAUCCCAAUUCAGGUCCUGGAGGAGCGGUGGGCAAGUGGAAGAAGCAUGUCAAGCCAAUUUUUGAGGCUGCCAGGAUGGAGUUGGAUGUGGUGAACCUGAGCAGAGGUGGAGAGGCUACGGAGCUUUCGGAGAAGGCGGACAUUGAAAAGUAUGAUACCAUUAUGGCACUGUCGGGAGAUGGAACGCCAUACGAAAUCUUCAACGGACUCGGAAGAAGACCUGAUGCUGCGAAAGCGUUAGCCAAGAUUGCUGUGAGCCAUAUCCCUUGCGGAUCUGGCAAUGCUUUCUCGUUGAACUGCAACGGUACCAAUGAUGCUGGACUGUCAGCACUAGCAGUUGUAAAGGGCGUGGUGAUGCCAUUGGAUCUUGUGUCCAUUACACAGGGCGAUCGACGCAUCCUCUCGUUCCUGUCUCAGUCUUUGGGAAUCAUUGCCGAGAGUGACCUGGGCACAGAAAAUCUGCGGUGGAUGGGCAACACGCGCUUCGAGGUCGGCCUUGCGACGCGCGUUUUCAAGAAGAAGUCGUAUCCAUUUGACUUGUCUGUCAAGCUGGAAAUCGAAGGCAAGGAGAUGAUUAAGCAGCACUACAAGAAAUAUGCUUCUGAUUCCACUCUUUUGAAUGUGGAUGUUGAAGCUGCGGCGAAUGGGGAAGAGGGCUUGCCCAAGUUGAAGUACGGAACGGUCCAAGACGAGCUUCCAGGAGACUGGGAGACGGCGCCGUAUGACAAUAUCGGAACAUUCUAUGUCGGAAACAUGGCGUACAUGUCGCCCGACGCCAAUUUCUUCACUGCUGCUGUGCCUACGGACGGCCUUAUGGACCUGGUCAUGAUACCCGCGGACAUCUCACCCGUGGCCGUCACCAAGGCUCUUCUCGCCGUUGAAUCAGGUAAAUUCUUCGACAACCCCCAUGUCACCUACAAGAAGAUAUCGGCGUAUCGUAUCACUCCACGAAACCAGGAGAGCGGAUACAUCAGCAUCGACGGAGAGCGCAUCCCAUUCGAGCCGUUCCAAGCUGAGAUCCACCGAGGUCUCGGACGCGUCCUCUCGAAGAGGGGAGUGUAUGAGGCUGAAGGCCCGGCUGGAUGGGAGAAGGCCUAG